AUGCUGCUGCUGCUCGUCGCGGGCGCGGCCGCGCUCCGGGCCCCGAGCGGGCUCCGCUGCCCGCGGUUCACCGGCGCGACGGUCCUGCGCUCGUCGACGACGGAGAUCAUGAUGCCGGCCCUGAGUUCGACGAUGACGAGCGGCCGCGUCGUGUCCUGGCUGAAGAACGUCGGCGACAAGAUCGAGGCCGGCGAUCCCAUCAUCGUCGUCGAGAGCGACAAGGCCGACAUGGAGGUCGAGUCCUACGACGAGGGCGCGCGGCGGCGCUACCUCGCGGCGGUCUUCGUCGGCGAGGGCGAGGACGCCGACGUCGGCGUGCCCGUCGGCGUGCUCGCGGAGACGCCCGAGGAGGCCAAGGCCUUCUCCGGCGGCCCCUCGGGCGGCGGCGCCGCGGCCGCGGAGCCCGCGGCGCCCGCGGCGCCCGCGGCGCCCGCGGCGCCCGCGGGCGACGCGCCCGAGAGCGUCGCCGUCGCCGCCUACGGCGCGCCCGCGGCCGCGGCCGCGCCCGCGGCGGCCGCGGCCGCGCCCGCGGCCGCCGCGCCCGCCGCGGCGCCCGCCGCGGCCGCCAAGGCCCCCGCGGGCGACCGCGUCGCCGCGUCGGGCUACGCGAAGAAGGUCGCCGCGGGCGCGGGCGUCGACGUCGCCGCCGUCGCCGGCACGGGCCCGGGCGGCCGCGUCGUCGCGCGCGACGCCGCGAAGCUCGCCAAGUCGAAGAACCUGGACCUCGCGGGCGUGGCCGGCACGGGCCGCUUCGGCCGCGUCACCGAGGACGACGUCAAGAAGGCGUUGGGCAUCGCGGAGCCCGCGAAGCCCAAGCUCGUGCCCGCGGGCGGCCCCGCGCCGCCGCCGGCCGGCGUCGUCGACAUGACGGGCAUGCAGAAGGCCAUCGCGAAGAACAUGGAGGCGACGCUCGCCGUCCCCGUCUUCCGCGUGUCCAAGACGGUGCGCACGGACGCCUUCGACGCGCUCUACCAGAAGCUCAAGCCCGACGGCGUCACCGUGUCCGCGCUCCUCGCCAAGGCCGUCGCGGGGGCGUUGGUGAAGACGCCGCUGAUGAACGCGAAGUACGAGCCGGGCGCGUUUUCGUACAACGGCGACGUCAACGUCGCCAUGGCCGUCGCCUUGGACGGCGGGCUCAUCACGCCGACGCUGCGGAACGCGGACCAGCUGUCGCUCGCGGACCUGUCCGCGGAGUGGAAGUCGCUCGUCGGCAAAGCGAAGUCCGGCUCGCUCAAGCCGGAGGAGUACACGACGGGCACGUUCACCAUCUCGAACCUCGGCAUGUUCGACGUCGCCCAGUUCGACGCCAUCCUCCCGCCGGGCCAGGGCGCGAUCCUCGCCAUCUCGUCGUCGAAGAACGUCGUCGUGCCCAUGCCCGGGUCCCUCCUCGGCGUCGGCAUCGAGAAGCAGAUGACCGUCACCGUGACCUGCGACCACCGCAUCAUCUCCGGCGCCGACGCCGCCGUCUUCCUCAAGGACUUCGCGGCCGCCGUCGAGAACCCCGCGACCCUGACGAAGUGA